CGACACAGCACGCAGAGCCGCGCGCCAGAGCGACGAAGACGACGGACAGAACGUUCUCAGAGAGCGGACCGGGUGGUUUAGCAGCGAGCGUUUAACGACCAGCAUCGCAUGCCGUGAUCCGCCGGAGCAUGUCCGCCGCUGCCAGCCCCCCACGGCCGAGCGCCGGCACGACGGCUGGACGAAUCUUCGUCGGCGGCUUGGAUUGCGUCAUGUCCAGAGAAGACCUGGAGCGGGAGUUCGGCAAGUACGGAAAGCUCAAGGAAGUCUGGAUGGCGCAGAACCCGCCGGGAUUCGCUUUCGUCGAGUUCGAGGAAAACUCCCGCGUGGACGACGCAGUGAAAGAGAUGAACGGCACCAUAGUCAACGGGGCCCUCCUCCGUGUGGAGCGGGCCAGGGACAAAGCUCGGAAGACGGCCAGAGGUGGGGCUUCCUUUCGAAGGCUACGACGUGGAGGUUCCUAUCAGGGCUUCGCCAAUGACCGGAAGGUUCGCAGGGCUCCUACUCCGACGUCACCCACGGGACCGCCUGCCCAGCCACUGGCACCCUACCCUAGUGCAUCGUACGCGCGUGGCGGCUACGGCGUGCCCUAUGCUGGUGCUUGGGACCCGACCGCCUACGCGGCACCGUCUCCGUAUUACGCGGCUCCUCCUGCCUACGGAGCGUACUACGGAGACUUCUACGGGAUGGGCGCAUUGGCUACGCCUGGCAUGCCGACGAUGGCAGCCGCCUGCGAUCCUGCUUCGUUCCAGCCUCAGGACUAUGGGCAAAUGUGAACGCUCCUUGUGUGUACAUAUAAAGCAGUGUGUUUUUGGAUAUUCA